GGCCGGGAACAUCCCAGCGGCACUCAUGGGGUUCAUCCCAACCGCCUCAGCCUGCGGGACGGGAACGUCCGGUGGAGCAUUGCCCUUUUAAGCUGUGGCCCCACUGCCUCCUCCCCGACUCCCGGAGGGGCUCCGACAGCCGCCGCGACCUCCGUCCCUCCUCCCUCCUCCCUCCCCGCCCGCCUCGCUCCCGGCGGCGGCGAGCGGCAGCUGCGCUCCGUGCUGCUGGCGGGGAGAGCCCCGGGGCUGCGGUGAGCUGGGUGCUCUGUUCCCGCCGUCCCUGUCCCCGCUGUCCCUGUCCCUGCUGUCCCUGUCCCCGCUGUCCCUGUCCCCGCUGUCCCUAUCCCGCUGCCUGCCCCGGCGCACUCGGGGACCAUGGGAUGCUGCACCGGACGCUGCACCUUGAUUUUCCUCUGCACUUUGCAGCUGCUUGCUGCAUUAGAGAGGCAAGUGUUUGAUUUCCUGGGAUACCAGUGGGCCCCUAUCCUAGCCAACUUCCUCCACAUCAUCAUUGUUAUCCUUGGCCUGUUUGGCACCAUUCAGUACAGACCUCGCUACAUAGUGGUGUAUGCCAUCUGGACUGCAGUUUGGGUCACCUGGAACAUUUUCAUCAUCUGUUUUUACUUAGAAGUGGGAGGGCUCUCAAAGGACAGUGAGCUCUUGACGUUUAACAUCUCCCGGCACCAGUCGUGGUGGAGUGAAAACGGUCCUGGCUGUGUAAGGAAGGAGGCUUCAAUGUCUGGCAUCGCAGGACUGGACAGCCAUUCCUAUAUCUCUGUGAUAGGCUGUGCCCUGGAGUAUCGCUACAUUGAGGUCAUGCACAGCUCCUUCCAGAUCCUGAUUGCGCUGGUGGGUUUUGUCUACGCCUGUUACGUUGUUAGUGUUUUUACAGAAGAAGAAGACAGCUUUGAUUUCAUUGGUGGAUUUGAUCCAUUUCCUCUCUACCAUGUCAAUGAAAAACCCACCAACCUUUUGUUCAAGCAGACAUACCUGCCUGCGUAAAUGAGGAGGAGCCAGAGGAUGGAUAAAUCUUGCACUCCACCAAAGGUGCUGCAGGAAAUAAUCCCCUGUGGCCUGGGUCUAUGGCAGAGGAAAUGCAGGAUGGUGAACUCCAUUCCAUUUUUUGUUCCUUGUCUUCUUUUCAAAUGAAAUGAAUGUACAUUGAAGGAUGACCACACAGUCUGUUCUUAACUCUACAAGUGCCCUGAUGAACCAUUCCUACCCCAGUAGGUGGUUCUAGCCAAAUGGCACAGACUGGAAAUCCUCAGGCAGAAGUUCACUAGGAGCCUGUCUCAAGAGAUGCGGGAGAAGUCGGAGCUGCUUCCUUCCAUCCAUGGAUCCACAGAGAAGGAAACACUGCAACACCCUGGGACAUCUCAUAUGUUUUGUAGUUAGUUUCUUCCCUCUCUCCUUUCCUCAGUUCUGGAAAGAGCCUAAAUCCCCUUAAUACAACUUGAACCUUUUCCUGCCUGUAUAAAACUAGGCAAGGGUUAUUUGAGUUUAGGCUCUCUUAUACACCCUACUUUUUUUUUUUUAAUGUUGUAGGUAAGAGAUCUUCCCUUUCUCCCCUUUAUCCAAGACUCCCUUAUUCUCUACUCCUUAGUAGUAAGGAAUUUGGCUUGGAUUCUAACAUUGUGAUUUAACUACUAUAAAUGCUGAACAGCUAAAAAGACCCUAGUACAAUUGCCAAAUCUGUACUUGGUAUGGAGCUUAACCCCAUUGCAACAUGCCAAACUUACAGCAGCUAGAGCCUACUCUGGGUUUGUCCACCCACAUUAAGUUACUGGUAUAGCCGUGUGCACAACUGAUACCUGCUGCAGGACACUGGAAAAUGCCUGGUUCCUCGUGGAUUGUGUUUUUGUAUCUGCUUUCUUUGCCAAGCAGCCACACUUACUCCAGGCACAGGCCCAACAGCUUCCUGCUGGAAGGUAUUUUUAUGACAGGAUAAUUUUGAGGGGAGGGAGUGGGGAGGAAGAAAGGGGCAAUAGAACUGUAAUUAAGUUGCAUUAAUAAGCUGCAGCAAAUAAUUAAAAAGAAAAAAAA